GCUGCCUGGGCGGGCUUGCAGGCGCGGGUUGAAAAGUCUCGUUCCAAGUUUGGAGAGAGAGAGAGAGAAGAGCGCCUCGGAGCUCUCGGUACCCGUGAGCGAGGGGCGAGGGAGGAGAAAGACGCAGCGUCUGGGGAGAACCCAGGCGGUGAGGCGGCGCUCAGCUUCUGAGAGCUAGGCGUGUGUGACGCGCCUGGCCAAGGCGCCGGCGGUCGAGCUGCGCCCGGCUGGCGAGGGGCGUCUCAGGCGGCUUGGAGGGGCUAGCGAGCCGACGCAAGAUGGCGAGUAAAGAGAUGUUCGAAGACACUGUGGAGGAGCGUGUGAUCAAUGAAGAGUAUAAAAUCUGGAAGAAGAACACUCCGUUUCUGUAUGACCUGGUUAUGACCCAUGCUCUGCAGUGGCCCAGUCUUACCGUGCAGUGGCUUCCUGAAGUGACAAAACCGGAAGGGAAGGAUUAUGCCCUUCAUUGGCUGGUCCUGGGGACUCACACCUCUGACGAGCAGAAUCACCUGGUGGUGGCUCGAGUGCAUAUUCCCAAUGAUGAUGCGCAGUUUGAUGCCUCCCACUGUGACAGUGACAAGGGGGAAUUUGGAGGCUUUGGUUCUGUAACAGGAAAGAUCGAAUGUGAAAUCAAAAUUAAUCAUGAAGGAGAAGUAAACCGUGCCCGUUACAUGCCACAGAAUCCUCAUAUCAUUGCUACAAAGACGCCGUCUUCUGAUGUCUUGGUUUUUGACUAUACAAAACAUCCUGCCAAACCAGACCCAAGUGGAGAAUGUAAUCCUGAUCUCCGAUUGAGAGGUCACCAAAAGGAAGGGUAUGGUCUUUCCUGGAAUUCCAACUUGAGCGGACACCUCCUGAGUGCAUCGGACGACCAUACUGUCUGUCUGUGGGAUAUAAACGCAGGACCAAAGGAAGGCAAAAUCGUGGAUGCCAAGGCAAUCUUUACUGGUCAUUCGGCUGUGGUGGAGGACGUGGCCUGGCACCUGCUCCAUGAGUCGUUGUUUGGAUCUGUUGCUGAUGAUCAGAAACUUAUGAUAUGGGAUACCAGGUCCAAUACCACUUCCAAGCCGAGUCACUUGGUGGAUGCACACACUGCCGAGGUCAACUGCCUCUCGUUCAAUCCCUACAGCGAGUUCAUUCUAGCAACAGGCUCUGCGGAUAAGACUGUAGCUUUAUGGGAUCUGCGUAACUUGAAAUUAAAGCUUCAUACCUUCGAGUCUCAUAAGGAUGAAAUUUUCCAGGUCCACUGGUCUCCACAUAAUGAGACUAUUUUGGCUUCAAGUGGCACUGAUCGUCGCCUGAAUGUGUGGGAUUUAAGUAAAAUUGGAGAAGAACAGUCAGCGGAAGAUGCAGAAGAUGGGCCUCCGGAACUCCUGUUUAUUCAUGGAGGACACACCGCAAAGAUUUCGGACUUUAGCUGGAACCCCAACGAGCCGUGGGUCAUCUGCUCUGUCUCCGAGGAUAACAUCAUGCAGAUAUGGCAGAUGGCUGAAAAUAUUUACAAUGAUGAAGAGUCAGAAGUCACAACAUCGGAGCUGGAGGGGCAAGGAUCUUAAUCGCAGUGUCUGAGAGGUCUUCUGUUGAAUGUAAUGCUACAUGAAAGAAUGCUUGAUUUAUCAAGCAGCAAAAAAGCAUUGUAUAGUAAGAAUUGUUAAGUGGGAUGGCUUUUGGCAUUCUUUACUCUCUGAUUCUAGCACUUUCAAGUGAGCUAUUGCGUACUGUAUCAUAUUGUAGCUGUUAGGAAAGAAAAGAUUGUUUCUUAAGAACAUCACCAUUGUUUUAAGAUGUAAGUAGCAGGGUACUGCGUUUGGUUCAACUGUUUUAAGUCCUCAUUUUCUCAAACUAAGUGCUUGCUGUUCCCAAAUAUGCAACAGUAACUUUUACACUUUUUCCUUCAACACUUUCUUGAUUGGCUUUGCAGAAAUAAAGUUUUAAAAUAAA